UACACCUACUAGUUAUACAGCCUCCAUGACCAAAUUUCAAUUGUAACAAUUUCUUAAAGAUUAUUUAGUUCAUUUCCAUAACUUCUCCCAACAUUAAACAUCUUACUAUAACAUCAAAUUACCUCAAAAUUUCAAAGUCUAUAGUUCAAUAUCUUCCGGUCAACUCUACCACCAAGCUAAUAAUCAAAAUUCUCACAAACUAAACCGAAUCAGCCAAAUCCAUUUCUGGGUUUUGAUCUUCAUACAUCAAUCUCAAAUGGGUCGGAAGCCAAAUGAUUCCGAACCCACACGUUAUGCCACUAUGAUCCUUCUUUUAAUGGGUCUUGUUUCUUGUACUGCCGUGUACAUUUUCAUGUCGGCGGUUAUGAGACCAGCCGGAAGUUCGGUGGUUGAGCGGUUAGCGGCGGAGGAAGGUGAAUUUAGCGGUGGCGGUGGUGGUGAAGGGGAGGGUGAAUGUUGUAGUGGAAUCGAAAGUUUUGAGCUUUGGGGAGCUGCUGUAAAGUGGGGUUCUGAUUUUAAGGUUAAUAGUUCUAAAGAAUGUUGUAAUGCUUGUAAGGCUAUGUGUACGGGUAAUCAUGGACCUUGUCUUUGUGAUACGUGGGUUUUUUGUGGAAAUAAAAAGUUUUGUGGUGACAAAUUUGGUGAGUGCUGGUUGAAGAAGCAGAAAGAUACUUUGGCUCCUGAUAGACAGGAAGCAGGAAACAAGGUUAUGUGGACGUCAGGCAUUGUUUUUGGGAAAGGAGAGGGAAUUGUCGCCUUGGAAACUGAAUUUGGUGAUAUUCACGUCAAGCUUUUGCCAGAAUGUUCCCCACGCUCAGUUUUUAACAUUUUGGAGUUGUUGGGGGUGCGCCACUGUGCUGGUUGCCAAUUUUUUCGUGCGGAAACUCGCGGACAAAUUUGGGAUACACAUGGAGAUCAUAUAAAAGAUGUAAAUGUUCAUCUCUUUUCUACAGUUUUACAUGUGACUUCUAAUCUUAAACAACUUCAUUUUGACUACAUGAAUAAGAUAAAUUAUACGUGUGCUCCCCCCGUGUCUCAGUUUGGCUUCUUUGGCUACGUAGAGGGAUUAAGAAUAAUUGCUCAUUUAAUCACCUUCAAACUCCCUCCAUCCCAAAUUAUAUAUCGAUAUUCCCAUUUUUCUUCAAAUUCAAUCAAUAUACUUUCUUCAAAACAACUUUUUAAGUUUUACUUAAAUAUUUUC